CAACCUCCUCCUCCUUUCAGGCUGCUCUUCCACCCACUUCUCCCCUCUCCCCUCUGUCUGCCCCUCAAUUCAGCCCCUUGCCAUUCCGGUUGGCUCCUGGUUCUCCCCUCCCCCGGAAUCACCAUGUCGUCCCUACCCCUGGAGCCGCCCACCUAUCUCAGCUCGUUGCAGAACAACAUCCGAGCUCGUCCUAUCCCGUGGGAGGGCGCCGUCCGAGCUGGGAACAUCACCGAUGACCACCUCAAGAAGAUCAAGGCCGUGGACAAGGUCCGUAAGGAACAACGACGCCAGACGGUCGAGGGGGAUCUGACGGGCUAUGUCACGCUGCUUGCGGGCGGGUCUGAAGGCAAGAGCGUGCUCGACUCCGCCUCCAGGAGAACCGACAUUGUGCAAUACAUCCUCGUGCUGGCCGCGGAUUUGAUCAACGAUGUCCCCUCUCUCUCAAACGCCCUGGUCGCGCAUCCCGAUCCUUACAAGCCAUUCCUCCCGCUCUUGCGUCACUCUACGAACGCCGAAGACCCCAUCCCCCUGCUCACCUCCACCUUCCUGACCAACCUGGUAUCGGUCAGCCUGACCUCCUCGUCCAAGCCGGCUGCGCGCGAUAAUGAAGCCCUCCCGCAGCUGUACACCUAUCUCUCUACCCUGACCCAGAAUCAAGACAGCGGGCUGCAGGAUAUCGGGGUCCAGGAAUUGUCGGCAUUGCUACGGACCUCAAAAUCCCGUGAGAUUUUCUGGAAGGAGAGGAAGCAUACCGUCGAUCCCCUUAUCGAGAUCCUCCGCGCUGCCACGGGAGCCAAGGAAAACAGCUCAAGCACACUGGCUGGCAGCUCGCGCGCGAUCGAGCCCGGUCUCGCCGGCGGGGUUGGCCUCCAGCUGCUGUACCGGGUUCUCCUUGUCCUCUGGCAGCUCAGUUUCGAAGGAGAAUUGAUCGGUGAUGAACUGCAAGCGGACCACGAGAUUGUACAGUUGUACACGCACCUCCUACGCCUGUCCCCGAAAGAGAAGACUACCCGACUCCUCCUCGCCACCCUCAACAACCUCCUUUCCACCAACCGCACCAGCCUGCUCCCGGUCGCCGUCUUUGUCCGCCUUCCUGCCCUUCUCUCGAACCUCUCCGGUCGUCAUCUGACCGAUCCUGAUCUCCUGGAGGACCUUAAGUUCCUGUCGGACAUGCUGGAUGAAUACACCAAGACGCAGACAACAUUUGAUCAAUAUGCGGCCGAGCUUCAGUCGGGCCACCUGCGGUGGUCCCCGCCCCACCGCAACCCUACCUUCUGGAAGGACAACGCCCGCCGGAUUCUCGACGAGAACAGCGGGGCACUGCCGAAAAAGCUGGCGGAGAUCAUCGCGAAGAGCUGGGAUAACGACAAGCAGGUGCUGGCGAUCGCCUGUAACGACGUGGGCCACUUGGUGAAGGAGCUGCCGGAGCGACGGACACAGCUGGAGAAACUGGGUCUGAAGACACGGGUCAUGGAGCUUAUGGCCGACAAGGACGAGUCGGUGCGGUGGGAGAGCUUGCGGGCGGUUGGCGAGUGGCUGCGCUAUACGUUCGACGACUGAUCGACUGAUCGACGGAACGUGCGAGGGGACACGAUGUGACAUACUACCCGAUACUUGUUUGACCUUCUGCUUCUAUGUGGUCAAGAGGAGACCUUGGCUGUAUUGUAUGGAUUCUCAGCGUAUAUCAUUUGAAUGCCAUUGUACUGUGCACAU